AUGAGAGGUGAAGCCAAGGCAGCUAAACUUGAUUCAAAGGUGGUUUUAAGGAUUGAGGGUAGGAUUUGUGUGCCCAAGAUUCUUCUCCACAUUCGCGGAGACUUGCCCGCGUUCACGGAAGGUAUGGAGUUCCUUCUCCGCAUUCGUGGAAACUUGGCCACCUUCGCGAAUGGACCAAUGUCUCUUCUCCGCUUUUGUGGAGCUUAUGCCUCGUUCAUGGAGGGUCUUUUGGUUUUAGUUACAGAGGUUGGGUUUGGUUGGAAAGAAGUUCUGAACCUGGAUUUUGAUCACCCAUCCCUUCUGAUUAUUCGAGGCUUUCAGGGGAUUGUGAGAGUUAGGACAGCUGAUAUUGCUUCAGAAGGAAUGUCAAUGCUCUCCAAAGAAAAGGAAAAAAUUGAUGUGAUGAUUAUCAAUCUGAAUUCACCUGACUUGCUUUCAUUUCAUCUUUUGGAUCAAGCUGUGGCCUUAGAUAUAGUUCCACUUUGUGUAUGUGAUAAACAUAAUACACACUUAGCAAAGAAAGCUUUUGAAAGUGGAGCUUAUCUAUACCUGCAAAAGUCACUUCACCAAGUAGUUGUGAAGUACUUGUGGCCUUUUGUGUUUCGAAAAAAAAUACAAAAGGAAAAAGCUAGAGAAGGACUCGAAAAAAAUGGUGAUCACAAGCAUGUUGAUGAUAUUGAUAGCAAUAAUAUCCAUGAGACUUCAACUGAUGUUGUAUCUAAUGAAAAGUGCAAAUUGAGGAGUAAAAAAGAGAGAAAAUUGAUUAAUGAAGAAAAGAGACAGGUUAUUGUACCGAAGACUCGCAUUGAAUGGACUGAGGAUCUUCAUAAAAAAUUUGUGGAAGCUGCGAACCAACUUGAUGAAGGCAGAUGUUUUCUGACUGACAUUCUUGAGUUAAUGAAUGAGCCUGAUCUUACUAGGUAUCAAAUAGCUAGUCAUCUCCAGAAAUAUCGUAACAAGACUUGGAGAGUUCCAAAGAAGAAAAAAUCUACUCGACAUCCAUCAGGUCAAUUAGGAUUCUCAAGUGGUUCUACACAAAGAAGUAGCCUUAGAAAAUUUGGGAUGACGUCUCAUGUUAAAAUGAAUGUUACAAAUCUACAACAACAACAAUAUGACCCAAAAACCCAAAGAGUCCUAGAUAUUCCAUUUCUACCAAAUAGCAAUAUUUUUUCUAAAGGAGAGAGUUCAACUUUGCAAAAGGUCUAUCAACCACAACUUCAAGUUUAUCCCAAAUACCUCAACCCAUUCGAUACCCCAUUUUUACCAUCAGUCGAAACUAACAAUGUUGCCGGGCAACAACGACAACAACAACAGGUACCUUUAUCUGAAUUGUUGGGAUCACAAGGAUCAAAUAUUAGAAGCGCUUAUUAUAGACCUGGGCUAGAGUUUAACAUUGAGAUCCAUCAUUCUCAAAAUGACUACGCCUUGGAUGUAGCAACAUAUUCAAUAAUGCCGGAUACAAAUAUUGGAAAUACGACAAUUAAUGGAUUGGGAGUAGCAAAUGUUAAUUUUCAGCAAUAUAAUGGUGAACCAAACAUGUCUCAACCCAACAAUAUUGUCACUACAUCACAUGUGAGUGAUACCCAAGGAAGUGAUCCAAAUGAGAUGAUAAAUUGCGAUGAUUAUUUUGAUUUCAGUAAUAUGGAUUUUCUCUUUCAGAAUUUUGAACCUCCAAGCUUUAACCUAUCCAAUGAACAUGACAAUGAGUUUGAUAAAGUCUACUCUGAUGAUAUGGUGGCAUCAAGUGUCCAAUUUCCAGAUAUAACAAAUAUUCCUGAUGAUUCUUCAAUAUGA